ACUAGUGUGAUCGGGGACUGGAUAAGCAGUUUUCAUACUGUACUGUCUUUGAUGUAAUGCAUUUAGAACUACAGUGCCUGUGCAUUUGUCAGGAGUGGAACUGCUAUUGACUACUACAAUGUAGCACUAGGGGGCGCUGUUUGGGCGUACAAUAUUUUUCCUAGAGAUUUCCAGUGGGAGUGUUCUUAUGUCAACCCCUCUCCCGCCUGAUACCGACGGAUUUCUCCCUAUUCAAUUCGGAUAGUGUGUAGCUAGUAGUAGUAAGAAGGUUAUGUUCAUGGUUUUUAACUUAAAAUCUUCAAAACAUCGCCCGUGAAAACGGCAGGCAUCGGUACCGGUUUUAUUCUGCGAAUAAAUCACUGCACGCUCGCGGAGGUUCCUUUGCACAGGUGAAACAACCAUUUUCCGCAUUGGUGGAGGAUUGCAUUGGGAUAUCAUCAGCUGAACGGGUCGAUUGAUAUUGGUGUGACUGACCCGGUCAGGAGCCUACUGCCCUGAGAGGCUCUCUGGAUCUCUACCUCUCAGGCUGCGUCCCCCAUCCCCACCUACCCAGGCCUGCGCUACAGUACCCCCUCCCCCACCCCACCGUGGGACUUUGGAGCAUCAUCCUAGCCUGGAACACGUUAAGACUGCUAAGUGAUGAGCGAGUUCUGGUUGUGUUUCAACUGCUGUAUUGCAGAGCAGCCCCAGCCGAAGCGGCGGAGGCGCAUCGACAGGAGUAUGAUCGGGGAGCCCACUAAUUUUGUCCACACAUCCCACGUGGGAUCGGGAGACAUCUUCAGUGGCAUGAACUCGGUGAACUCCAUUCAAAACCAAAUGCAGUCAAAAGGUGGAUACGGUGGAGAGGCCAUGCCUGUGAAUGUGCAAUUGCAACUGGUGGACACAAAAGCAGGAUAACAUGGAGGGGCAGCUUCACGGUUCCUUCAUGUUGAUGUUUUUCAUCCUGGUCUCCAUGUCUGUCUUCAGUGACUGCUUCCCUCAUCCUCCCUCCCCAAUAUUGGACUAGGGGAUGAUGUUCGCCUCCUGUCCUCCCGCUCUGUCUGUCCUCCUUUGCUCCUCCCAAUGAGCCCACUAUCGACCCCCCCCCCUCCUUCUCUCCGCCUCAGCCCUCUCCGCCUCAGCCCUCUCAACUCUCCUCGCGCCACAAAUACAUGGACAGUUUUUGUCACGCCAUUGGAAUGAGGCUGCUCCCCCCCUCUGCCUGUCUGUCCAUCCGCCCAUCUCCCACGGAGGACGACAGUCAAAAGGACAGCAGCGCUUCAGUUUUAGUGUACCUCACCCUUCCAACUUAAGCCAGAUGCAAAAAGCAUGAUCCUCAUCUCUGCAAGUUCAAAGUGUAAAACGCUUCUUCUCUUCAAAUUAUAAUUUUUUGAUGUGAGUUUUUUUGGGGGGGGGGGCUGUGGGGUUUUGUCAAUUCAGUGUUUAAAGGUCUGGAACCUACAAGUACAAAAUGUAGAUUUUUGUUUUAUUUUUAUUAUUAACAUAUUUCUUUUUAUAUAUAUUUUUCUCUGGUUUGGCGGUCAGAAUGGUGGGUGACCACCUUUGUGAAAAGUGGCUUGCUAUGACCCUUGGGUGCCAAAAUGUCUGUAGAGCAUAUGGAAUGAUAUUUUUUUUCUGCUGACAAUACGUUUUUUUUUUGUUUUUUUGACUGCCUCAAGUGAAUUCCACUCCAAUAGGAAAUGUGAUUGUUACUUCGCUGUUGUUUACAUCGUUCCGGUUCCCAUUCCUUGUCUUUAUUUUCAUGAUAAUUGUUCAAUAGAACAAUAACUGGCAUUUCACUCGACAUUCUACUGUUAAUGUUUUGGUCAACUUGAUUUCAAUAAGCCUGGGCUAUAUGAGUAUAUGCUGUGCAGUAAAAUGUAAAGACCUUUAGCUAUGUGGUACAGUGCUGGCUACUGGUGGUACAGUGCUGGCUACUGGUGGUACAGUGCUGGCUACUGGUGGUACAGUGCUGGCUACUGGUGGUACAGUGCUGGCUACUGGUGGUACAGCGCUGGCUACUGGUGGUACAGCGCUGGCUACUGGUGGUACAGCGCUGGCUACUGGUGGUACAGCGCUGGCUACUGGUGGUACAGCGCUGGCUACUGGUGGUACAGCGCUGGCUACUGGUGGUACAGCGCUGGCUACUGGUGGUACAGCGCUGGCUACUGGUGGUACAGCGCUGGCUACUGGUGGUACAGCGCUGGCUACUGGUGGUACAGCGCUGGCUACUGGUGGAUAAGGACUAGGUACUGGUGUGGGUAACAGAAUCUAUAAAGCAUUCAAUGUUGCAAUCUGGCAUCGAGGCGAACCCAAACUCGAAGUUGUCUGUAAAAGCUUGACCAUGUGGCCGAGUUCAUGAACUCAUGCACAUUCUAAGAGUAAAGAAUAACUUAUCAAAGAAAAUGUUAUCUUUUGUCUAUUAAAUGACUUGGGGUCAUUGAAGAUGCCUAGACAACUCCAAUGUUUGUGCAAAACAAAGGACAGUAUGAUUACCAUGGGGUAGGAUGGGGUGUGGUCUAAUAUAGGGUGUAGUCUAUGGUUUGGGGUAGGAUAUAUGGUGUAGUCUAUGGGUUGGGGUAGGAUAUAUGGUGUACUCUAUGGUUUGGGGUAGGAUAUAUGGUGUAGUCUAUGGGUUGGGGUAGGAUGGGGUGUGGUCUAAUAUAGGGUGUAGUCUGGUUUGGGGUAGGAUAUAUGGUGUAGUCUAUGGGUUGGGGUAGGAUAGGGUGUAGUCUAUGGUUUGGGGUAGGAUAGGGUGUAGUUUGUAUGGGUUAGGGUAGAAUAGGAUGUAGUCUCUGUGGUUUAGCAUAGGAUAGGGUGUAGUCUAUGGGUUAGGGUAGGCUAGGGUGUAGUCUAUAUGGGUUAGGGUAGGCUAGGGUGUAGUUUGUAUGGGUUAGGGUAGGCUAGGGUGUAGUCUAUAUGGGUUAGGGUAGGCUAGGGUGUAAUCUCUAUGGGUUAGGGUAGGAUAGGGUGUAGUCUAUAUGGGUAAGGGUAGGCUAGGGUGUAGUCUCUGUGGGUUAGGUGUAGGAUAGGGUGUAGUCUCUGUGGGUUAGGUGUAGGAUAGGGUGUAGUCUGUAUGGGUUAGGGCAGGCUAGGGUGUAGUUUGUAUGGGUUAGGGUAGAUUAUGAUGUGGUUUAGCAUAGGAUAGGGUGUGGUCUCUAUGGGUUAGGGUAGGCUAGAGUGUAGUUUAUGGAUAUAGGUAGAAUAGGGGGUAGUCUAUGGGUAGGAUAGGGUGUAGUUUAUGGAUUAGGGUAGGAUAUUUUAAGAAUUUUAACAAGCUGUAGAAAAUAUUCAAAAUCGAAAAAUGAAGUCUUCAAAAAGUCCUUUAAUUUAUCAAAUUAAUAAUUUGUUUUCAAUUGAUGCCUCUGUCAUGGUUGAAAAUGUAAAUAAUGAAAUAGGGGUUUGGUUCACUUAUUUGGAUUAAAACUAAUACCAGUAUUGAUGAGGAAAGAAGAGUCACUGGGCCUCGAACUCAUCUAAUAAAAGUAUCACACUGAUUGUUGUCGGUCCUUCCCUCAAGUGCUUUGUUUGUAUAUACCAUAUUCCUUGUGUGCCACAACCUACCUGAGGUAUUCUAAUUUAUUGUUUGUCUUUUGUAUCUUUUUUUGUACUCUAGUUUCUUUCAGAUUGAUUGGAAUGUUCAAACCACCCCCCCCCAAAAAAAUUCACCAUCUGAUAAAUAAUUGUGGUAAUAUUUAUUCACCAUUAUUAGAGGGGGGGGGACGAGAGAAGUUUUCCCAAAUACUAAGUCUAAAUGAGAAUGUCAUACAAUGUUUUGUGACAACUGAAAAGCACAAGAGUGUGUGUGUGUGUGUGUGAACAAUAUGAAGUUUGCAAUACAAUGCGAGUGUCGGCCAAAGUGGUAUUGACCAGGGUACGUCAGCAUGAAUCUACUCUCAUCCAAUGCUCACCACAAAUGAAUUUCAACAUCAGGGAAUUCACUCUGCUCAGUAAUGUUAUUUUUUUUUUGUUUUACAUAUCUGAUGGGGUUUUUUGUUGCUUUUUUUGUACACUUCCAUCCCUCAUGAAUUGACAUCCAGUGUUGGCUUGUAGAUUACCAAAUGUCUUCGGUUGAAAUAAAUAUUUUUUUUCCAUGUUA